GACAGAACCGCCCAUAUCAUUCUCAGCAAUUCAUUAUUUCUGGGCUUGCCCAGUGCACAAGGUUGGCGAUGUUGCCGACAGACUUUUGUAUAAAAAUGGCAUUAUAUGCACUGUCCUACAUAGUGCAUAGUGGAUAAACAGCACAAAAUGCGUCAUAAGCUCGCAGUUCUAACCUUUUCUGCUCUAGUAGCAGUUUCAACAGCAGGAAUUAUCCCCACAAUAGAAGUGCUUCAAGGUCCUGGUAGUAAAACGAUCUUACAUGGACCUGAUGGAAGUGCUCUUAAGGCAGCUAAUCCAGGUGGUACGGUGGUGACAGAAGAUCAUGGAACUGGACUGGUGGCUGCCGGACCUGCAGUUUUACCAGCAGCUGGUCCUGCUUUGGUUGUCCACGGUCCAGCAGGUUGGGUUGAAUCAAGCUACACCCUUGCAGGCCCAGCGGUCGUUCCUGGUGUAGCUCCAGCUAUUACCGGAGGAAUUGGCGGUGCUGCAAUUGCUCCAGGAGCUAAAUCUCUCCUAAUUGCAGGAGAGGGGGAAUACGGUCAUGAUAAUAUAGAAGCUCUUUACGAUGACGGCUCUUACAGGGAACACUGAAGUACUGUGAUUUUUUUGAAACUAAAUAUAACCAAAUAUUUAUCUAUAAUAUAUGACAUGUCUGUUCACUGAUUUUUUUAUUAAACAUUAUCAGACCGGUUCGUAGGGGCUUUGUUUUAGGUCUAGCUGUCUGUCAAGACUAAAGAAAGAUGAUGGAAGUGACCUUUCCAGCGCCUGAUUGGAUUUCAGAAAAUUAUUUUUGAUAAUAACUAGAAUGCUGGUCAAAUAGUACAGAUCCAAUUAGAUGAUUCGAGCAAUAAGUGGCAGAAUAUAUCCAUUGAAGUACAUGCUUAACAAGUUCAUUAACAAAAACAUGCAACAGUUUUAAGCGGCACUGGCUUCAUCUAUAUGACUGUAAAACGUAGAAGAAUAUAUCUACCACACAAUACGUCCAAGCGACAAUAAAGGCAACAUGUACGUAACCAUAAUAGACUGAGAGCCAGAGAGGUACAUGAUUCCAACUAUAAAAAAUGUCUAUAAGAUUACGGUAGCAGCUUCAACAAAGAGAAUAUCAGUGUCAUUACAAUACAACACAGAUUUUCGACGCCUAGGUCCUGUUAACGACAUGAAGUAACGAAUACCCUUUGCACUGACCCCGAAGUGAUGCUGAGAUACUGUCAAACAUUAUGGUUAUUGAACAAAAAAUUGCGUCAGUAGAUUGACUCUAUACUUUGUAUGCCUUCAUCGGAAGAAGAAAAAGAAUGAGUCAAAUCGUAUCAAAAGGCGACACCGAAUCGUCGUUAGGUAGGUUCAGAACCUUCGACCUCUGCAUAUCAAACAAUACAAAGCAAAUCUAUCAUAUUUUUAUUUUCAUGACAGAUUCAGGGAAAAUAUAGUAACACUGAGAUCAUCAGCUUCUUCAUAAUAGAAAGUUAUUCACUGACACCAAAUACAGGGUGGCGCAUCGAAAACGAAACAGACGCAUUUACUGGCUGCUCAGUUUUUUUUUGGAAAAACGCUCAGACCCGUCGAUUUUGUAUUCGAGGGAGACACAAGUUUGGUAAAAAAUCACGUGAACACGUGCAGGCCCCUGGGCGGGGGUGACACCAACCCUAAAAUCUUAAAUGGAAAGGGGGGUCGAGUGACUCCUUAUUUCAAAGGUGUUUCAAUUCCCUUUAUAAUGAUAUAAAAUUAAUGUACUUCAGUUCAGUAGUUUUGAAGAUUUAUUGAUUUAAAGCUUAAAGUAGACUAAUAGGUACAUCAGAUUAGUUUGUACUACUUUCAGACGAAAUUUGACUUAACAAGUAAAUGCUUCAUUACGCCAUUGGUUUGUUUAACAUUUUGUUGUUAAAAAUAGCUAUUGGAGCGUUUUUUUUUAUGGCAAACUAAUUAUUUCUUGAAGAAAGAUAAGGAAAUAUCUCGUACUUAUUUUAAAUAGGAAUUUAGUACAUAGUUUGCGAUUGAUAUGACCAAACUUUGUUGCUAAAAUAACUUGUAAUGUAAUCCACAGCAGAAACAGCUGAAAUUAUUGAAAUAUUUUUCGGAAAUAAUCAGUGCGCUAAUAGAACAGCAGAAAUAUUUAAUGAGCGACAUGAGAACAGUAACGUGCAUCGAAAAUAUGUUCUAGAACUUGUAGUUAAAUUUCGGGAAACUGGGUCAGUCACCAAUAAAAAACGUAACAUUGAAAAUCCCAUAAGGAACGAAGUAAUAGAAGUGGGGGUUUUAGGGCAAGUUCAUGUAUACGUAUAUCCUACGUUAAGUACCCACAAAUUGGAGACAGUGUGUGGUGUUAGUCGACGUACUGUCCAACGGAUUCUGAAGGCCCAUAGUUUUCAUCCGUAUAAAAUUCACCUGGUACAAGAACUUAAUGAACACGAUUUUGUUCAACGAUCUUUUUUUCUCACCUAUAAAUCUGACCGGUGAAAUGUAUUUGGAAUUACUGGAAGACGCCAUAGAUCCUGCAUUAACAGCCAUAAUUGAAAAUCAGAAUGAUCGGCGGUACAUUGCGGAUAGGUUGAUGUUCCAACAGGAUGGUGCCCCAUCACGUGUUCGACAAUAUUUAGAUCAGGCGUUUCCAGAUCAAUGGAUUGGUCGAAGACGUGCCAUUGGAUGGCCCCCAAGAUCGCCAGGUUUAUCUAUUUUGGAUUUCAUUAUGUGGGGUCAUUUAAAAAGCAAAAUCUAUGCUACUAGCCAACAUCAUUAGAAGACCUGCGACAAAGAAUUGUGAAUGAGUUUUGAGAAAAAAUUUUAUUAUUGCAUGGAGAGUCAUGGUGGCCAUUUUCAACAUUUACUUGCCUAACGGGUCAGUCCAUUCUUCAUUUCUAAAUUACUUUGCUGCCAAAUGUAUUGAUCUCCACUAAUGAUUAUGUAUUAGUUUUAUUUAAGCUUUAAAUCAAUAAAUCUUCAAAACUAC